CACUUUUUCUGCACUUUGGAAAGACAGCCUGUAUCUGUUGGUUUGAAGAGUUCCACAGGGGUACAAACAUGAGCAGAAAUAGGGAAAGAUUCAUUGAAAUACUGGAAAAUUCUUUUUCACAGAGUGAAAAGAUUCCCCCAGAAAACAUGCUAUUUUCCUACAGAGGUAUUUUAUACCCUGCUCUACUUAGCAGCCCAGAAACGUUUGAAGCUAUGAAAUCCUUUGAAGCCAGGAGUGAUGAUGUGAUUCUAGCAGGCUAUCCUAAAACAGGAACAAACUGGCUUGGCCAAGUGGUGAGGGAGUUGGAAUCAACAGAUGCCAAAUAUACAGAAGAAGAAAUGAAAGAAAGAAUAAAUGCUGAGAAGAAGCUAGAGAUAUUUCCACGUCUUGAAUUUGGAGAUCCUGGGAUAUAUGAGAGGUUGAAGAAACUGCCUUCCCGGAGGAUUAUAUUAACCCAUCUGCCACCUCAUCUCCUGCCCCCAUCCAUUCUCCAAAGCAAGGCUAAGAUACUUGUGCUGAUUCGGAACCCAAAAGACACAGCUGUCUCCUAUUACCAUUUCUACAACAACAUGCCACUGCUGGUGUCCUUCACCUCUUGGGAUGAGUACUUUGCAGCCUUCAUGAGUGGGAAAUUAACCUGGGGAUCCUACAUUGACCACUUAGUGGAAUGGAACAAUUACAUUGACCAUGAGAACAUCAUGAUGAUAAGCUAUGAGGAACUCAAAGAGGACCAGGUACUAGGAAUGAAAAAGAUUGCUGCCUUCUUUGGAUUCUCCCUGUGUGAGGAAGAUUUUUCCAGAAUUGCCAAGAAGACGAGUUUCCAAGCUAUGAAAGAGAAAUCCAAGGAAACCCAUGGAAAGUUUGGGGACAUCCUCUUCCGGACGGGGGUUGUUGGGAACUGGAGAGGUCUCUUCUCUAAAGCUCAGAAUGAAGAAAUGGACCGAAAAUUUGAAGAAUGCCUAGGAGGAACGAAACUGGCAGCAAAGAUGAAAUAUGAUGUGUACUGCAAGGCCUGAAAAUAAACACAUGAGCAGCAUGACAGCAAGUCAUGCUCCCAUUAUGAUUCCGUGAAAGUAGACAGUUCCAUGUUUCUUUCCCAUGAGAAAAGAGAAAAACUCCUCAGAGAUCUACCUGGUGCCUCCAAGCAUUCAGGUGUUAAUUCUUCAAUGUAUGCUGGGCCCAGGCACGUGCUAUGCUUGAUACAACUGAAUAAAUGUGUGCAUACCUUGA